UAUGGGUCCUCGUCGGGGAUCGGGGGCGGAGACAGGACAUAUAUCACCUUCGGGGAUCGGGGAUUGGGGACGGAGAGGGUAGUCUCCGGCUCCGUCCCGUCCUGCUGCCAUUCCUACUAAUUCCCACGCCCCUUCCCAUUCUUGUGCGCUUUCUAUUUAGCAGUAGUAACAAUAGCAUUCAAGUUCAUUACUAGACUAGAUAGAGAGAGCAGACUCUAGUUUUAUCAUACACUCUUAAUUACCAUAUCGCCGUUGGAAACCAAAAAGAAGAUGCUGAUACUGAGGAGCUCUGAUGGAGAGGAGUUUGCCACACAAGAAAACGUCGCUGUGAAGUCUACAACCAUCAAGAACAUGGUCGAAGAUGGUUAUGUUUUGAAUGUUAUUCCCGUGCCUAACGUAGACGCUAAGACGUUGGCGGUGGUAAUUGAAUACUGCAAGAAGCAUGCAGAAUCAGAGGCCGAGGAAGCAGCCAGAGAUCUAAAAAAGUUUGACUCGGAGUUUUUGGACAGAGACCAAGAAGUUCUCUGUGAUCUGAUAAUGACAGCGAACUUUCUGGAUGUUAAGGAGUUGCUGGUAGCACUGUGCCAGACAGUAGCGGACAUGAUCAAAGGAAAGUCGCCUGACGAGAUUCGCAAAAUUUUCAACAUCAAGAACGACUUCACCCCCGAGGAGGAAGAGAAAAUUCGAAAGGAGAAUUCAUGGGCUUUCGAGUGA